UUUCAAAAUGGCGCCUGUAAUAUGACGAUGCAGGCAAAUGCUGCUGUGAUCAAUAAUUCCUCUUUUCGAAACUCGAACGGUUUCUCGUACUGUUUUUUUUUAAAUUCUGACAUGCUAAUUGUAUAUGUAGAUGUAGGUGUAUCAAUUUUUUACCCGCAGUGUUGAAUAUAGGAAUAACAUGACAUGUUUUUGCAACUAACACCUGCCUUGGCAGACUGGCUGUUGUGCCCCCAGUUGUCUACACAAUGGAAGAAAAGGCAACAAUGUCAACAGGCAAACCGAAAUCCAAAAAAGAGGAGGAGAUUGUACAUGAGGGAGGAGGAGAUAAUGUUGAGGAAGAAGAGGAAGAAGAAGAGGAGUACACUGUAGAGAAGGUGUUAGACUCCAGGAUGAAGGGAGGUCGCAAGGAGUACUUUCUGAAAUGGAAAGGCUAUCCUGAUUCAGAAAAUACCUGGGAACCUGAAGCAAAUUUAGAUUGUCCAGACUUAAUAGCAGAUUUUGAGGACAAGAAGAAAAAGAAGGAACUGGAAAAGAAAAGGAAACCACAAAAUGGAACAGAUGAUGGUGCAGCUAAAAAGAAGAAAAAAGUGUCGGAGGUUAAAACAACAGAAGAAGAUAACAAACCUAGAGGUUUUGAUCGAGGGUUGUUGCCAGAAAGAAUCAUUGGUGCCACAGACAGUUCAGGAGAACUCAUGUUUUUAAUGAAGUGGAAAGACAGUGAUGAGGCAGAUUUAGUUCCCGCCAGGCAAGCCAACGUUAAGUGUCCACAAAUAGUUAUUGCAUUUUAUGAGGAACGACUCACGUGGCACACCCAUAAUGACAAUGAGGAGGACGAAAGCAAGGAGGAUUUAUAAAACAACAGACUGUAAAGGGGCAGUUUAAGUAGACCAGUGAUGAUGUUGGAUCUCGGUCAAUAUCCCAUGCCAUUAUGUUCUGGGAUGACCUCUUUUUCUGAUGCAAAUACACACUUUAAUAUUGCACAUUAGAUUCAGAUCAGAGCCUCCUGUAGAGAGUGCUGCUGUUGGUUGUAUUGCAGCAGUUUCAGCCCCUUGUUGAUUUUUUUUAUGAACAGAAUGUCAUUUUGUCGUCAUGGUCAUCAGCAGACAGACUACAGUAAUCAUUCACAUUGUUUCAUGCGUGUUCAUUUUCAUGGUGCUCAUCUGUCAUUCGAAUGUCACAAAAAAAGUACUCUCGAGUUGUUGCAAUCUCUGUACAUGUAGUAGUGUUCAUUGUUGUUGUGCAAGGAUGUUAUCUUCCAUCCUUUUAAUAUUUAAAAGUACAUAUAUGUACAACAAGCUUCUCAUGUCAUUUAAACAUGUUUGAUAUGGGGGGGGGGGGAGGGGAUACUUGUGUGUGUGACACAAGUUUCCUUUUUUAUAUAUAGUCGACUGGAGGUUGAUGUGAAAUGUUUAGUUUUUUUGUUGUUUUUUUUUUAUUAUUUUGCUGCUGCAAUGAUUAUCUGUAGAAUGAUGACUUCUGUGAAAAGUGUUUUUUUUUGUAAUUAGCCUGCCAGAAUUGAAUAUUUAAGCAUUGCUCACUAUUAAGAUAGGGUCUGCAUUAAAUAGUUUCACUAUGAAGGUAAUAUACAUUUAUUUUGGAUUAUGAGGAUUUUACAAAGUAAAUCAUAGGGGUUUGUUUUUUUCUGUUGACCCUCUGAUAAAUUGCAUUCCCUAGUACUAUUUCAAUAGCAAGUAAUGUUCGUAAAUAUUUUUUUGUUGUGCAAGUUUGCAAUGAAAAGGGUUUCAUUAUAUUUGUAUGCAUGUCGGUACAAAGUAUAUCACAUCUUUGAAAGUGCAGUUGUUAAUAAACAAUGUUGUGUUAAACACACCACAAAUUGGAUACCUUUGGAAAUUCAUUGGCAGGUACAAUUCUGAUUCUCGUAUAACAUUUGGUCAUGUUUGUACAUGAACUACAAGAGUUCCAAGUACAUUAAAUUUUGGCAUUUCCUAUUGUAGAGUUUCCUUGUCAGGUAUUUUUACAAAGUUUUAAUAAAGAAUAUCGAAUAUCA